AUGAGCGGAUCAAAACCAACUCAAAAUGCUGGUGUACCAUCCAACAAGAUUAAAAUGAGCCCAUUAAAAUCAACUCAGAAUGCUGCUGCAUCACCCAACAAGAUCAAAAUAAGCGGAUCGAAACCAAUUCAUAAUACUACUACAUCAUCCAACAAAAUCAAAAUGAGUAGAUCAAAAUCAACUCAAAAUGCUGCUGCAUCAUCCAACACGAUUAAAAUAAGCGAAUCAGAACCAAUUCAUAAUACUGCUACAUCAUCCAACAAAAUCAAAAUGAGCAGAUCAAAAUCAACUCAAAAUGCUGAUGCAUCAUCCAACAAGAUCAAAAUGCGUGGAUCCGAACCAACUCAAAGUACUGCUGCGUCAUCCAAAUCAACAGCAUCAUCAAAUAUUAGCCAACCUCGACAACGUAUGGCACAAAAUUACCUUCUCAUCUGGGUAGACGCAAGCAUCGACGAAACAACCAAGGACUGCCAGAACACACUGGUCCAAUUGAAGAGUGUGGUCAACGAUGUCAACAUAUGCACAGAACCCGAUCAGUGCGUCCAAGCACUCAACAAGGUUGACAAGGAACAAGCCUUUGUCAUAAUAUCAGGCUCGUUAGGUCAACAUUUGGUUCCUGAAAUUCAUGGCAUGCCACAGUUAGAUGCCAUUUACAUUUUUUGUGGCAAUAAAUCUAGACAUGAGGGAUGGGCUCAAAACUGGACAAAAAUCAAAGGUAUCCAUACAAAUAUCAAAGAUAUUUGUCAAGCAUUACAACUGGCAGUUAAACAAUGCGACCAAGACACAAUUGCCGUAAGUUUUCUCACGAGGAAUGAAAUAGCUUCAACUGAUAAUUUAAAUCAGUUGGAGCCAACUUUCAUGUAUACCCAACUGUUCAAGGAGAUUCUCUUUGAUAUGGAAUACGAGGAAAAGGCAAUCAAGGACUUAGCAGUUUGUUGCCGUGAAGUCUUUACUGACAAUACAAUUGAAUUGAAAAUUAUUAAUGAAUUCGAACGUGACUAUCGUCCACAAAACGCGAUAUGGUGGUAUACACGUGAGUGUUUUACCUACAAAAUGCUCAACCAAGCACUUCGAGUUAUGAAUGCCGAUAUAAUCAUAAAUAUGGGCUUCUUUCUACGUGAUGUACAUCAACAAAUUAAGCAGCUGUACGAACAACAAGUCAGUAGUUAUGGACGAAAGCCUUUUAUAGUUUAUCGAGGACAAGGUCUUAUGAAACCAGACUUUGAAAAACUUCAGAAAGCAAAUGGUGGACUUAUGUCAUUUAACAAUUUCUUGUCCACGAGUAAAGAUAAAGAAGUGUCCCUCGAAUUCGCUCGACGUGCUUCAUCAAAACCGGAUACGGUUGGCAUCCUUUUUAUAAUGUCUAUUGAUCCUUGUAUUAAGUCAACACCAUUUGCCUGUAUUACUGAACUUAGUUAUUUCGAGGCACAAGAAGAAGAAAUUCUCUUCGCGAUGCACACCGUGUUUCGAGUGAGUGCAAUUAAGCAAAUGGACAAUAAGAAUGAACUUUAUCAAGUCGAAUUAGAAUUAACAUCAGAUAAUGAUCAACAACUACGAUUGCUUACCGAUCGGAUACGAGAAGAAGCUGGUGGUGGCACCGGAUGGCAAAGAUUGGGUAAUUUAUUGCUUAAAAUUGGUCAAUUUAAUAAAGCUGAAGAGCUUUCUAAUGUAUUACUCGAGCAGACAUCUGAUGCGCGUGAAAGGACGCAUUAUUAUAAUCAGUUGGGAUGUGUCAAAAAUAGCCAGGGUGAUUAUGAAAAGGCGAUUUGGUAUUACGAGCAAGGACUUGAAAUCUGUCAAAAAACUCUUCCUUCAAAUCAUCCUGAUUUGGCUACUUCAUACAACAACAUCGGUAGUGUGUAUCACAACAUGGGAGAGCACUCGAAAGCACUUUCAUAUUACGAAAAAGCACUUGAAAUUGAAGAAAAAACUCUUCCUUCAAAUCAUCCUUCAUUGGCUAUUUCAUACAGCAACAUCGGUAGUGUGUAUAUCAAGAUGGGAGAGUACUUGAAAGCUCUUUCAUUUCACGAAAAAGCACUUGAAAUUCGACAAAAAACUCUUCCUUCAAAUCAUCCUGAUUUGGCUACUUCAUACAACAACAUCGGUAUUGUAUAUGACCACAUGGGAGAGAACUCGAAAGCACUUUCAUAUUACGAAAAAGCACUUGAAAUUCGAGGAAAAAGUCUUCCUUCAAAUCAUCCUUCAUUGGCUACUUCAUACAACAACAUCGGUAGUGUAUAUGACCACAUGGGAGAGAACUCGAAAGCACUUUCAUAUUACGAAAAAGCACUUGAAAUUCAACAAAAAACUCUUCCUUCGAAUCAUCCUUUAUUGGCUGCUUCAUACAACAACAUCGGUAGUGUGUAUGACAACAUGGGAGAGUACUCGAAAGCACUUUCAUUUCACGAAAAAGCACUUGAAAUUCGACAAAAAACACUUCCUUCAAGUCAUCCCGAUUUGGCUACUUCAUACAACAACAUCGGUUUGGUGUAUGACAACAUGGGAGAGUACUCAAAAGCACUUUCAUAUUAUGAACGUGCUCAGGACAUAAACCAGCGUACAUUACCUCCAACUCAUCCUCAUAUAAAAAUUACGAAAGAGAAUAUUGAAAUUGUAAAAAAAGAAAUUAUAAAUAAUAAGCGAUGA